GGUGGUGAAAACCGCCCAGCGCAUCACAGGAGCACCACUCCCUGCCAUAGAGGACAUCUAUGGGAAGCYAUGUCUCAAUCGGGCCAGGAAAAUUUAUCAAAGACUCCAGUCACCCAGCAUAGACUUUUCACCCUCCAGCCCUCUGGGAGGCGCUACAGGAGCCUCUGCACUAGAACUACCAGGAACCAGGAUCUAUCUGAGGCUCUGGACUCCGGUGGUUCAGACAUGGAGAUGGAGAAGAGCAUCGUCCAGGAACAUACAACUCAACAUCGAGCGAAGAUGUGGAAGAUUGCUCUGAACGUCUCUGGAAAAGGGGACAGUCUGUCUCCUUGGGACGGUGUUCUUGAUUUACCAGAACAGACCCUCAUUCACAACCGCAGUCAGCAGCUGAUUGACCAUCUGGGAGUUUCAGAAGACGAGAUGAAAGACAUGGUGUCUGACGUGGAGUCGGUCAUCACUUUCUACUGCAAGUCUCGCAACAUAACCUUCACCCCCGAGCUCAGCUGGCCACAUCUGCUCCAACCCCUGCUGGGGCUGCGGUUGCCCCGCAGCGACCUCUACAACUGCUUUUACGCCGUCAUGAAUAAAUACAUCCCAAGGGAGUGUGUGCAGAAGGGCCGACCUUUCCACCUUUACAGACUGCUGCUGCAGUAUCAUGAGCCGGAGCUUUGCUCCUUCUUGGACACCAAAAAGAUCACGCCUGACUCGUACGCCAUCAGCUGGCUGGGCAGUCUGUUUUCCAGCCACUGCAGACCUGAGGUCACCCAGGCCUUAUGGGACUCCUACCUCCAGCAGGCCGACCCAUUCCUCAUCUUCUUCCUCAUGCUCAUCAUCCUCGUCAAUGCCAAAGAGACUAUCCUGGGACAGGAAGGAGACAGCAAAGAGGACAUCAUCAAAAUGCUGGAAGCAUCUCCUUCCCUCCUGGAAGCAGAAGACAUUGAAGAUUUGUUUUCUCUGGCUCAGUAUUAUCAGAGCAAAACCCCGCUGUCUCUCAGGAAGAUGAAUCAGAAUAUGUUUGGUAGCAGCCUGGUGGCUCUUAAAGAGGAGGACAUGGACCUGAGUCAGGCUCUCUGCCUCCCUGUGUCGGUCCCUGAAAUCCUCCAGGCCAAUCAGCUGCAACAGGAUGGAGUGCGGUUUUUCGUUGUGGAUUGUCGACCUGCAGAGCAGUACAACGCUGGACAUCUGUCCACAGCCUUCCACCUGGACUCUGACCUGAUGCUCCAGAACCCCUCUGAGUUUGCUCUUUCUGUGAAGUCCCUCCUGGAGGCUCAGAAGCAGUCUUUAGAGUCGGGAUCCAUCGCCAGCGGAGAGCAUUUGUGCUUCAUGGGCAGUGGGAGAGAAGAGGAGGACAUGUACAUGAACAUGGUGCUGGCACACUUUUUACAGAAAAACAAAGAAUAUGUGAGCAUUGCUAAAGGAGGGUUUAUGGCUCUCCAGAAGCACCUGGUGGACAUGAAUGUCGAGGGCCUCGACUCUUCGUAUGUCAACUGGAUCGUCAGCACUUCUGGAUCCCACAGCAGCCUGAGCUCUGCUGAUGGAGAUUUAAGCAGCCCUGGAGACGGUAAAGGUGUCAAAUCUUUAGUCAACAAAAUGACUUUUGCUCUGAAAUCCAAGUCAGUCAACGUAAAGGAGAAGAUGAUCAGCUUCAUUGAGAACACUUCCACCCCUGUAGACAGAAUAUCUUUCAAUCUGCCCUGGCCAGAGAAGGUGGUUCCAGAUCGACACGUGAGCAGCAGCGAUCGAGUUGGCAAACCUUACCGAGGAGUGAAGCCCGUCUUCAGUAUUGGUGACGAAGAAGAGUACGACACAGAUGAGAUCGACAGCUCAUCCAUGUCGGACGAUGACAGGAAGGAGAUCGUGAACAUUCAGACCUGGAUAAAUAAACCAGAUAUAAAACAUCACAUUCCAUGCAAUGAGGUGAAAGAAACGGGUCACAUGUUCCCCAGUCACUUGUUAAUCACAGCGACCCACAUGUACUGCCUGAGGGAGAUCGCCUCCAGGAAGGGGUUUGCUUACAUCCAGUCCAGACAACCUCUGAGCUCUGUGGUGAAGAUCACAUCCAAAAAGAAGCAUCCAGAACUUAUUACCUUCAAGUUUGGGAGCAACAAUUCAGCAGGAGUGGAGAUCUCCGCAGUUGAAAGAUAUUUGAUACCCAACGCAGGCGACGCCACCAAAGUCAUCAAGCAGCAGAUUAUGAAAGUUCUAGAUGCUCUGGAGAGCUCCUAAAGGAAAAUCAAAGUCUUCACAGGAGAUGAUGAUAACCACCCAUGACACAAACUGUAAGAAGAGCCUCCUCCUCCUCCUGCUGUCCCUGUGUCCUCCCUCCUGGACAGCUCCGUGUUGACGGGGGUACGCCCAGUGUCUCCUGCCUACGGGACAUCUGUCCACAUCGUCGACUAACUGCACACAGGCUGUCCAAAAACCUAGGUGCUCCUCGGUCAUCCAACCAUCGCCUUUUACUAAUUUAAGAAGUAUUGGUUAUCGUGUGUAUUCUUCCUUCCUGCUUGUAUAUUAUGGGAUGUCAUUACAGUUUGGCUUUGAUUUCCUUCUGGCCUUAACGUAGCAGACUGGUCCGACCAGAGGCAAAUCUUUCAAAUCCAUACACGACUGAUCUUUAUCAACCUGAGCAUCUUAAAUCAGACUAACUUGUUUUGUUGUGAACAGUAUUGCGUUGUUUUUUUGUUUUUUUUUUCUUGAUGUGUUGAGUAGAUUUAAUGUUUGUAUUUCCAGCCAGGAAACAAACGUGAGUCGGCUGAGCUCGGAUGUAAAAAUGCACGCACUAAAAAAAAAAAGAAACAGCAGCCCUGGCACACGAAGCAGGUUUUUCUACUGGAACCUUUUUUUUGUUUUGUUUUUCUCUCUGAUAACUUUCUUUUCAGUAGUUAGCCUUAAAAAGAAACUAUUUGAUGAUGUUUAUAAUUCUGUAAUAUACUGUUUAAACAACUAUCAGCACAGACCUCUGUAAUGUAAAAACAUGCUGGGAAGACCAGCUGAUCCCUUCUUUCUGCUGUAGCCUCUCUGUCUGUUUCUGUUUCUCUGCCAUGACAUCGUGACUAUUUCUAAAAGCUGACGGUUUGAUGUAGCUCUCAGAAAACUUUGUCUUCAGACCCUGUGGACUAAAUCGGAAUCCUGACAAGUUCAGUGUUGUCUCCGUCUUGGAGAACUGGAUGAAAACGUGCUUCUUGUUCAUUUUGGCAGAAACGAGGACUGUGCUUUACGCUCACAAGCACAAAUCUGAAAAAAGGUCCUGAGUUGAUUUGUUUAAAGAACAGUUUUGUUUUCAGAGCUUUCAGCUGUUUCUGUUUGGUUGCCACUGUUGCCUUUGGCCUCAUGCCUGUGAGAUGUUAUUUUGGCUUCAGCGGUGGCAACAGAUUUCAGUAAACUGCUGCGUCUCUCUUUAAGACUUCCUCUCAUUUCUUUUGCCUUUUAUUUAUUUUAUUUUUUUGCAUUUUCUUUAAGGUUGCUCGUGUCAGAAGACAUCAAAGUGUCCUGUGUGACUUCAGUUGUUGAACGUUUGGUCUGCAGAGCAUAAAAUACUCUCUAAAAUUGAAAUGGGUUUCACCGCCCUAACCAAAACACACAAAGUUAUUAGGAAAACCAAAACUUGAAAUAAAGACUAAGUUUGGUCUUUCUUCACUCCCGUCUUUACAGCAUUCCUGUGUUGCCCAUACAUUGUAUUGUAAUUUGUAAAUUUGUGAUAUUUUUCAGUAUUCUUCUUGACUGGAACAUCCUUGACUGUAAGUCUCAACAUUACUCUGUGUAACAUCGCUGGCAACGGAUGUCAACCACUAUUUAAAGUGAAACUGUAACAUGCACCUUACUGUACUGCUAUUAUUUUCUAAAUGUUUCCGUUUUUAAUAAAUGGAAAUUGUUGGACUGCA